GCCGCAGCACGACCGACGAUGGCCGCCAUGGCGAAGCAGGUGUGCAUGGUGACGGGCGGCACGGGCCUCUACGGCUCGGCGAUCAAGACCUACGUGGAGCAGACGGCGAGCGAGCAGGGCGCGACGUGGGUCUUCCUGUCGUCCAAGGACGGCGACCUGCGCGACCGCGCGCAGACGGAGGCCAUCUUCGAGCGCGUCAAGCCGACGCACGUCGUGCACCUCGCGGCCAUGGUCGGCGGCCUCUUCGCGAACAUGGCGAAGAAGGUCGAAUUCUACCGCGAGAACAUGCUCAUGAACGACAACGUCAUGGAAUGCUGCCGGAUCUAUAAAGUGGAGAAGCUCGUCUCCUGCCUGUCCACCUGCAUCUUCCCGGACAAGACGAGCUACCCCAUCGACGAGUCCAUGGUCCACGACGGCGCGCCCCACAGCUCCAACGAGGGCUACGCGUACGCGAAGCGGAUGAUCGAGGUCAUGAACCGGUGCUACGCGGAGGAGUACGGCUGCAAGUUCACGGCCGUGAUCCCGACGAACAUCUACGGCCCCCACGACAACUUCUCCGUCAACGGCGGCCACGUCGUGCCGGGCCUCAUCCACAAGUGCUACGUCGCGAAGCGCGACGGCACGCCGUUCACGGUCUGGGGCAGCGGCACGCCGCUCCGCCAGUUCAUCUACUCCGUGGACCUCGCGGCGCUCACGGUCUGGGUCAUGCGGUCCUACGACUCGGCGGACUCCAUCAUCCUCUCCGUGGGCGAGGAGGACGAGGUGUCCAUAAAAGACGUCGCUCUGAUGAUCCGGGACGCGAUGAAAUUCGAGGGCGAGGUCAUCUUCGACACGGACAAGGCCGACGGCCAGUACAAGAAGACGGCGUCCAACGACAAGCUCAAGGGCCUCCGGCCGGACUUCAAGUUCACGCCCAUGCGCGAGGGCCUCCAGAAGGCCGUCGACUGGUUCGUCGCCAACUACGACACGUGCCGCAAGUAGGCGCGGGCGAGGCGGGGCGUAAGUUCGAAGCGUACACACAGUC